AUGUUGGCAGCAAUGAAUGGCGAAAGAAAAUUGAUAGGAGUGAUGGUGAUGUGUGCGUCUGUAGUAUUUUGGUAAAAAGUUGUUUGUCAUUGAGGUGUUCUAAAAUAUUGUGUAGACUUGUGUAACAUUGUUGACUUGAAGAUAAUACGCAUAAAGAAGUAUUUUUAUUUUCAAUUUAUAUUUGAAAAGUCUACUGUUGAAGACGAGACAGUCAGUUGCAAUGUCGGUGGCAUUUGUACAACGAGGAAGACAACCACCCAAUCCUGCUCAGAUCCAGAAAAUGCUGGAUGAAAACAGUCAUCUGAUUCAAACAAUUCAAGAAUAUCAGAGUAAAGGGAAAGCACAGGAAUGCAUGCAGUAUCAGCAAAUAUUACAUCGCAAUUUAGUAUAUCUUGCCUCCAUUGCAGAUUCAAAUCAAAAUAUACAAGCACUCCUACCACCCCCAGGAGGUCCACAGCAUGGAAUGCAUGGUCCGGCAGGACAGGCUGGUGGCCCACCCGGGUCAACAUCAGCACCCACUAGUGAUCUUCCUCCUGUUUCUCAGGGAGCCAUGGCUUCCUUUGGGCAACAACAGGGAGGUUACAGAGGUCAAAUGAUGCAAGGGCAACAGAACAUGCCACAACGUCCUGGUGCAGGUUCAGGAAACCAGCAAUACAGAGGUGGUCCCCAGAAUUAUCCACAACCGGGACCUCAGCAGAGUUACCCUGGACAGUAUCCUAAUCAGAACCAGACAUCUGCACAGACAUAUAUUCCCCCACUUCAACAACAAUCAAACCAACAGCCAGUUCCAGCACAGCAGCAGAGUAGUUAUCCAAACUCAACUCAACCAGGCAGCUAUGGAGGACCUACAUCCACCCAAUCUCAGGGCUAUGGUGGGCCACCUCCAUCAUCACAACCAAACUAUGGGCCCCCUCCAAACCCAGCUUCACAGGUCAGUACAGGUGCUGUGUAUGGUGGUCCAGCCCCAACACAGCAAGCUGGUGGUUAUGGUAAUGGUCCUGCAGGUCCAGGUCAACAACCUGGCUAUGGACCACCUCCUCCAGCACAGCAGGCAGUCUACCCUCCACCAGCUGCCACAGGACCACAGCAAAGCACUUAUGGUCCAGGAACAGGACAGCCUGGCUAUGGCUCUUCUGGAUCUCAGACAAGUUAUGGACCAGUGGUCCAGUCAGCUACACAAACUGGACAAGGUUAUAAUGCUACUGCCAGCAAUGGAAGUGGAAGCAGUAGUUACCAACCCCCGCAGCAGCAGCAACCAGGAUAUGGAGGAGCAAAUGCAGGAAGUGGUGGAAAUACUUCAUCUACUACUAGUGGAGGUGGUGGCAGCAGUGGUGGAGGAGCCCCCAGCACAGUAUCUCAGCCUGGUACAUAUGUGCCUCCAACAACACAAGGACAGUCCCAGCAACCACCGUCGCAACCAAAUCAAAGCAGUUACAGCAACCAAACUAGCCCUGGACCAGGACCUACUGGAUAUGGACCUUCAAAUGCUGCAUCACCACCCUUUACUGGAGGUCCACCUCAGCCUAGUCCGCAGAACUCUUACUCACAGACAGCAGUCUCUACUAGUAUGGCUCCAUCAGCGUCAACACAGACAUAUCCACAAGGACCUGGCGGUGCUCCACCGCAACAGAGUUACCCUCCUUCUACACAGGCAGGUGGGGGUUACCCUCCACCACAACCACAAGCGCAACAGCAGCCUCAGCAGCAACAGCCAUCACCACAGAGUACUACAUCAGCUCAAACAGGAUUUCAGCCAGCACAGGUCCAGUCUGGCCCUCAGGGACCCCCAUCAUCUGGUCCUCAACCUCAGCAACCAGGUGGUUAUGGUCUCCCACCACCUCAGUCUCUUCCUGCUACAACUCAGACUUAUGUACCACCACCUCCAGGAGGUCCACAAGGUCAACCUCAGACCUAUCCUCCACAUCCUCCUGGAUCACAGCAUUCUUAUCCUGGACAUACUCACCAAGCCUAUGGACCUCAGACAUACCCUCCACCAUCACAAGCUGCAUAUCAAUAUCCACGACCCCCAACUUCGCAAAUGCCACCUCCUGGGCCACAGGGUCCUCCACCCCAAGGCCAGUAUGGAGCUUAUGAUCAGAGUCGGUUUCCUGGGUAUCAACCGCCACCGCAAUAAUCGGUUCUUUCAUCUGGUCUGAUUUUAAACACUAUCAGGGAGCACUUUUCAUGUUUGGGUCUACAUAAUUUGUUGAAAAAGUCAAAAAAUACCUGUGUUAACAUUCCAUAGAUGCUCUGUGGCUUCUUAUUGUUAUAAAUGCUCCUACCUCUCUUGUAUAUUUGAUCUGCAUGUGUGUACUAUCUUCCAGCAAAGAGAUGACAAUUCAGUUAACAAAGCCUGCUCAUGUAUACUGCAAUGUUGACAUGGUUUUCAGACAGUUCUUGCCAUGCCAUUCUGCAGUCAGUUAAAAUAAUGGAAUGAUAUUCAUUUAAUUUAUUAUUGUCUAGAAAUAUACCAGUCACAGUGAGCAGAGUGUCUAGAGCAUGGGUCUUGAAUUGCUUAAACAAAAUACCGUGAAUAAAUACAUCUGUUAACUGAAAGCA